CACGAUAUAUGUUGACGCUCAGUGCUGUUCCAAACUUUUGAACCAGAUCAUCGCCAAAGCCAUCAAUUUUCAGAUUGUUUUAACCAUCAGGGAUCGAACUCUCGCAGGGCGUAUCUGGCAGGUAAACACGUGGGUAGAGGUUUCAGAAUACCACAAGUCGAGUGGAACAAAUACAUACUAAGAAUGUCGGAAAAUGUUUUUCUGUUUGUUCCAAAUAUCAUAGGUUAUAUACGUAUAAUAUGCAUCGCCGUAGCCUCCUUGAACAUGGUGUCGAACCACUGGAUUGCAGUGAUUUUCUAUAUGAUGGCGUCUUUACUUGAUGGUUUGGACGGAUUUACUGCAAGGAAACUAAAUCAGUGCAGCCGAUUUGGCGCCCUCCUCGAUAUAAUAACAGAUAUCUGUGUGUCCAACGUCUGUUUACUUAGCUGUCUCUGUCAUCUCUACCCACAAUACAUGGUGUUGUUCCAACUGAGCAUGGUCCUCGAAGUCUCCAGUCGGUGGCUUCUUACACAAAGCACAGCCAUGAUCGGGAUCAAAAACAUCAAAGAAAGGGAUUAUACCAAAGAAAGCAGACUCAUAGAAUUAUAUUACAAAAACAAGGUAUUUCUAGGAGCUGUGUGUAUCGGGAAUGACCUGUUCUUCGCCAUGCUCUAUCUUACCUACUUCACAACUGGGCCUCACGUUGGCUCUCUCGGACUGUUUGAGUUGCUGAUGUACCUGUCAGCCCCAUUUUCUCUGGUUAUGUUUGCCGUUGGGGUAGCCAUACUUAUCCUGGCGAGUAAAAGCAUCGUCCGACUCGACAUAUCCGAACGCAACGUGUGCAAACAUGACUAACUCGACGUAAAUCCGUCAUCUCAUCGUCUGUAUGUUUUAUAUUUCACUCUAUUUAUUAAAUAUUAAU